AUGGCAAAUUUGAGUGUAAGAGAAGCUUUAUGCAUAGCAAUCAAGGAAGAAAUGCAAAACGAUCCUGAUGUGUUUAUCAUGGGCGAAGAAGUUGCAGAGUAUGAUGGUGCUUAUAAAGUAACUAAAGGAUUAUUAAAAGAGUUUGGAGAAAAGCGAGUGAUUGAUACUCCUAUUACUGAACAUGGAUUUACUGGCCUUGCUGUUGGGGCAGCAUUUGCUGGACUUAAGCCAAUAGUGGAGUUCAUGACCUUUAACUUCUCCAUGCAGGCUAUCGAUCAGAUUAUAAAUUCUGCAGCAAAAACACACUAUAUGUCAGGCGGACAGCUUAGAUGUCCUAUAGUAUUUCGCGGGCCAAAUGGUGCAGCAGCAAGAGUUGCGGCACAACAUUCACAGUGCUUUGCAUCUUGGUAUUCUCAUGUACCAGGAUUGAAAGUGGUGGCACCAUACUUCGCUGCAGAUUGCAGAGGUUUACUUAAAGCUGCUAUUCGCGAUCCUAAUCCAGUAAUAUUCCUAGAAAAUGAAAUAGCUUAUGGACAUGAGCAUGAAGUACCUGAAAACCAGUUAUCAGAUAAAGACUACCUUCUAGAAAUAGGAAAAGCCUCUGUUGUAAGAAAAGGUAAAGAUGUAACUAUCACCGCGUUUUCAUUGCCAUUGAUGCAUGCCUUGACUGCGGCUGAUUCACUUGCUAACGAAGGAAUUGAAGCUGAGGUAAUUGAUCUUAGAACUUUAAGACCUCUUGACAUUGAAACCAUUAUCAACUCUGUAAAAAAGACAAACAGGUUAGUUAGCGUGGAAGAAGGAUGGCCAUUUGCAGGUAUAGGAGCGGAGCUUUCGGCCAUUGUUAUGGAAUAUGGAUUUGAUUACCUCGAUGCACCUGUUGUGCGCGUAACAGGUAAAGAUGUACCUCUUCCUUAUGCUGCAAACCUGGAAAAGAAAGCAUUACCACAAGUAGAAGACGUAAUAGAAGCUGCACGUCAAGUGUGCUUUAAAGCACACUAG